AUGAGUCAAUUAUCAAAAGCUACUGACAUCAGCAUUAACUCUAGUGAGAGUGCUACUACUGCCACAUCCUCUGAAAAAAAAGCGGAGAAUUUCGUCGCUUCCGGUAUUACUGCGACCAGCAAUGGGAAACAAGAAAAUAAAGAAAUAGUUAGGAACGAAAACGGAAAGGAAACACUGGAAAAUAAUGGGGAUCACGAAAAAGAACAAGAACAUAACACUGAUACUGUUGCUGCUGCUGUUGAUAUUGCUUUAGAGGGAAAUAAUGAAAGGGAAGAAGAAGGUGUAGUGGCCCCUGAAAUUGUUGCUACUAGCGAAAGGAGCAAUGCAGAACAACAAGAACACGAAGAAACGCUAGGCUCCCAAGAACAAGAAGGUAUACAUUCUAAAGAACAACAGAGACAAGAGCAAGAACAACAAGAGAAGUUAAAGGAAGAAGAAACAGGAGAAGAAGAGGAGGAGGAGGAAGAAGAAGAAGAAGAAGAAGGGGAAGAAGGAGAAAACACCACCGCUUUUCUCAAUGAAAACCAAGUUGAUGAAAAUGGAUUAUCAAUUAUAUCCUGUGCCAAUUGUCGUUUAAGAAAAGUUAAAUGUACUAGGGAAGUUCCUAAAUGUUUUGUUUGUUUAAGUAGGAAUUUACCUUGUUUCUACCCAAAGACUAAAAGAACGAAAAGUACAGUUAAAAAGCCACGUGUUUCUAUUGUUGGUAAGAAAGAUCCGAUUCCAAUUGCUCCAGCAUCUGCUUCUUCUUCAAAUUUGUUAGCUGCUGCCUUAAAUAAACAAAGAGGUAGAAGACAUCGUUCUUCUCACUCUAAUGGGUCUGGAUCUGGAUCUAGCUCCUCUUCAAAGAAAAGAGGCUUGGCAUUUAUUGCUUUGGAUGCUCCUAAAAGGCUUCGUAUUAAAAGUGGAGUUAUUGAACAAUUGGAAAAAUUACCAUUUACAAUUUUGGAUCCAAAUAAAACUAGCGGUCUUGUAUCAGAAGGAGAUAAAAAUAUUUCUGAAGAUGUAGAAUUACCAAAAUCUUUUUAUGAUUCUCCUGUCUAUAAAAAACUGAUUUUGAGUGCUGAAGCAUCAAGCCUAAUUAAUGUUGCUUUAAAAGGUAUCCAAAGACAAUGCAUCUUAAGUUCUCAAUUUAAAAAGUUUGUUCACUUUGACCAUGUUAAACAAAUUAUAUCUCAACAAACUGCCGGCGCUUCGCCAUUAUUUUUAACAUAUGCUUUGCACUUUUUCAAUCAAAUCAAGUCUAAAUCAAUUUUUAAUGUUGUUGCUGCCGCUAGCACAGAAAACAAUGCCGCCAUUCUUGCUGCUGCGGAUGAUGACUCUUUUGAAAGAGAAUUGGAAGCUGAACUAUUUAAAUUGAAGUCAUUUGUUCCGGAUGUUAAAAAUAAAGUCAUCGGUUUAUUGUUAAUGGUCGAAUAUUAUUACUCCAAGUUGUCCCUAGAUAAGUGUUGGAAGUUACUAAACGAAGCCAUCAUUACUUCUGCUCAAUUACCAGAAAAUUUUGUCAAUUCUCAUGGCUACAGCGAAUUAUGGAGAUUGUUGGGGUUCUAUGAUGCUAUUAUUUCGUCUGUUUUAUCUAAACCAUCGUUAAUUUCUGAAUUUCCAACUGAAGUCGAUAUCACAGGAUCUUGGUUCGGCGAUGUUUCUUACCUAUUAAGAGAUACUGCAUAUUUAGAGCUAAACAAGAAAUUUGGUGACUUGGAAAGUAUUGUUGCUGUUGAUUCUAAAUUUGAUUUAGCUGUUGACACCUUUACUAAAGAAAGCAAUACUCCUAGUGAGAUUUUACAUGAUAUUUAUAUUAAGUUAUUUAUCUGGAGUUUUAGGAUCCAAAUACUAUUUCCAAUGCAUUUUGCCAACUCUUAUCAACAAAUUCAGUUACAAAGUUGUGUUCAAAAUUUCUUGAUUGAUUUCAGAGAACUACUAAAUCUUUUAACUGAUGUAAAGUCCACUUCCAAAAAGAUUUUUUUCAAUGGUGUUGCUCCUUUGUUACAAAUUCAUCUAUACCAAGCUUUGUGUAUUAUAGGUAUCUAUCUAUCGUAUCGUUUUGUUUCUGAACCGGAAAAGACUUUUGCUCAAAUUAUCGAGUCAAAAAAUGACGUAAAGAACACCAUUAAUAUUAUUGUUGAGAUCGAUGAAUUUUAUAAACGCGAACAGUUAUUGUUUCCUUGGUUUAUUGACGAUGCCUUAAAAUUCAACUUGAACACAUUUAGAGAUAUUUCUGUUGAGGGGGAAAGAGACUCUAAUAAAGAAAACAGGGACAAUACUACCUCUACUACAAAAGAUAUCGAUGCUAGUAAUAAUGUUAGUGAAGUCAAUUCUAUGAAUACUGCUGCCGAAGGUGCUACCGAUAUUUCUACAAAAGAUGCUUUGGCUGAGGAAAAAUCUGCAGCAGCAGAGGAAGCCAACAUUGACACAGAAUUGUAUAUUGACCAGGAACAUAUAUUCAACAGUUUGAAGAACGUCUUGAACAAUAAUGUAACCACUGUUGAUGGGCCUGCCGAAAAAAUAGGUUUGGUGAAUGCUAGUUUGAGUGAUGAGAAAUUUAGAGAAUGGGUUAUCUAUACCACCAUUCAACAUCCUUUAUUUUUCUUGGAGAGACAAAAUCUACCAUUUUAA